AUGGCCACUCCAGGAUCCGCUAUGGCCAAGUACCUCUUCCGUUGUGUCACCCACCUGAGAGCCCAGAAGAAGGUUACUGUAACUCUUCAAAUGCUGAUGGACCUGAACACCCCACUGGCUUUAUUAGAGGCUUUCGAGAUCAAGAAGCUUGUCAAAAUGUAUCGGGAGGAUAAGAAGCACAAGGAACUGGCCCAGAAGGUUCUACUCAAGAUUCGAGCAAUGAAAAUGGAGGAGAUGGUCAACAAGAAGACGUCGGAUGCAGUAACCACCUUCAAGAUUCCCAGAAUUCCAACUCAUCGGAUUCAGAAGAGAGUCGUUGCCUAA